UCUGGUGCUGGGAGGUUUGUUUAGUCACAAUGGGAAUCUGGGAAAGUUUAGCUGCUGCUUUUUGGGUGGUUUUGGUGUGUGAAGCAAUGCUGACAAGUUGCAGGCACUUUGGUGAUCCCCAUCUCUGGAAAUGGGACCCUCACAGAAAACACCCUCCCCCUGUUCAGUACUUUGGAGGGUUUGGAGGGCACAGGAGAGAUCUGCAGCCCCCCCAGUUAUACCCUAUCGGGGUGCAGUGUGGCGAGGCCCAAAUAACCGUCACUGUACAAAAAGACCUUUUCAGGAAUGGGAGGAUGGUGAAGGCCUCAGACCUCAGCCUAGGGCCCCAGGGCUGUACCCCAAGCUCACAGGGCCCAGACACUGUUACUUUCCAGUACGGGCUGCAGGAGUGUGGCAACCGGCUACAGCUGAGUAUAAAGGGUUUCUGGUGCUGGGAGGUUUGUUUAGUCACAAUGGGAAUCUGGGAAAGUUUAGCUGCUGCUUUUUGGGUGGUUUUGGUGUGUGAAGCAAUGCUGACAAGUUGCAGGCACUCUAAUGAUCCUAAUUAUCACUGGAAAUGGGACCCUCACAGAAAACACCCUCCCCCUGUUCAGUUCUUUGGAGGGUAUGGAGGGUACAGGAGAGAUCUGCAGCCCCCCCAGUUAUACCCUAUCAGGGUGCAGUGUGGCGAGGCCCAAAUAACCGUCACUGUACAAAAAGACCUUUUCAGGAAUGGGAGGAUGGUUAAGGCCUCAGACCUCAGCCUAGGGCCCCAGGGCUGUACCCCAAGCUCACAGGGCCCAGACACUGUUACUUUCCAGUACGGGCUGCAGGAGUGUGGCAACCGGCUACAGAUGACCUCCAACUGGCUGAUUUAUAGCACAAACCUGACCCACAGCCCAACUCCCUCCAGGAACUCGCCCAUAAUCAGGACAAACUCUGCCACCGUUCCCAUCCAGUGUUAUUACCCCAGAAAUGCCAAUGUGAGCAGCAAAGCCAUCAAACCCACGUGGGUUCCUUACAGCUCCACUCUGUCCAUGGAGGAGAGAUUGUCCUUUUCUCUGAAACUCAUGACAGAUGAUUGGCUGUCUCCCCGGACCUCCUCCAUAUUCCAUCUUGGUGACAUAUUCAGCAUCGAGGCCUCUGUUGAUACCAGAAACUACGGUCCCAUGGUGAUCUUUGUUGACCGUUGCGUGGCCACCCAGUCUCCUGAUAUGAACUCAAGCCCCCAGUAUGAGAUCAUUGCUCAGAAUGGGUGUCUGGUAGAUAGUAAACAGGAAGACUCUUCCUCUACCUUCUGGUCUCCAAGACCAUCACCGGACAAGCUAAGGUUCAAGGUUGAUGCAUUCAAGUUUAUCGGAGCAGGUUCUUCAGUGAUCUACAUCACUUGCAGUCUGAGAGUGGCGGCAGCAGACCAGGGCCCAGAUGCCCUCAACAAGGCCUGCUCCUUCAGCAAAGCCAGCAACAUGUGGUCGGCACUAAAUGGCCCCAAUAACAUUUGUGGCUGCUGUGACACAGGAGGGUGUGCACCUACUGGAAGCAGAGGAGUUAAUGGUUUUAGAAGAUUAAGCAGAUCGGUUGAAUCAAGCUCUAAAGUGGAACUGGUGGCUGUUGGUCCUCUGUCUAUCAUUGACCCGGAAAGCCACGUGGCGCCAUCGGAAACUGAAGACUCAGACCACCUUGUUGAGCUGUGGCUGUUAGUAGCGCUGUGCUGUCUAAGUCUCAUUGUGAUUUCUGUUUGUGUUAUUGUAAAUAUCCAAAGAUUUUGUAAGAAACAAAGCAGAUUUGUUCUUGCAAAAUAAAAUCUCUUAAAGAAGCCGAGCCUUGGAUUGUCUUUCGAACACGACUUCUCGUUGGUGGCAGAUGUUUUAUCCAUGUGUAUGGGGCAAAAUGCAACCCUGUAUUAUAUAUUUACAGGCAUUCUUGUACCUGGAGACCAACAGUAAUUACCUGAAUGUAAUUCUAGGAACUUUCGGCCCAGCCGUAUCUGCACCACAACCAAGCCUAGAAUGCCUCACGUAAUGUGUUUUAGUAGUUCAUACAAUCUGUGUGUCUCUCGGGGCUUUUGCUUGCAGAUAUGAGUUGGUCUGGACAAGACCAGCAAGCAGGAAUCUGAUUACGAAGGGCACAUAACAGCUAGGGUAUUGAUUGCUGGUUUUCCCACAGUGGCUUUUCCCCUCCUCUUCUGCACCUUAUCUCUCUCUUACCUCCAUUUUCUGCUUCUAACGUAUAUAAUUUACUUUUGAGACAUUCGUUGAUAUGCACACUUCAAGUCAUUUGAAUUGUACCUGCCAGCAGCAGGCCUAGGCUUGGGGGCACCCAAGGUAAGCGCCCCCACACCCAGCGGCUCCUCUUAUCACAAGAAGUGGCACUUGGCAGAUACCAGAAUCAGGGUUUCAGAUUGGCUGAAACUAGGAGCAAGCCAGCAGAGGUACAUGCCAACACCUCCUUCCCCGUUGUACCCUAGGCCCCUUCUCCUGCCUACUCCUAGUUCUGGCCCUGGUACCUGCCACUUCAAGGCAUGUCACUGACACGUUUUUUGGGGGGGGUGUUUGUGCUUCUUUGUUACCACUGGUUUCCAUGAAAAUGUACCGUUGCUUUUUGCACCAUUAUACUUAUUUAAAUACUAUGGGAAAAGUUGUUUUUUUUUGUUUCCCUUGCCAAAGAUCAGUGACUGAAAUGUUGGGUUACCACUAAAUAAAGUGCUUUUAUAUUCUA